CUAGGACACGCGACGGUGCUGCGCAAAAAGGGCCCCACGGCUGCCCAGGCCAAGUCCAAGCAGGCCAUCUUAGCAGCUCAGAGACGAGGAGAGGAUGUGGAGACUUCCAAGAAAUGGGCCGCCGGCCAGAACAAACAGCAUUCGAUCACCAAGAACACAGCCAAGCUGGACCGGGAGACUGAGGAGCUGCACCACGACCGGGUGACCCUGGAGGUGGGCAAGGUGAUCCCGCAGGGCCGGCAGAGCAAAGGGCUGAUGCAGACGGGCCAGGCGACAAAAAUCAACGAAAAGCCACAGGUCAUCGCGGACUAUGAGGGUGGCCGGGCCAUUCCUAAGAACCAGGUUCUGGGCAAGAUCGAGAGCCAUCGGCCUCAAGCUCUGGGGGAAAGCCAUUGGGAAGCCAAUCGCGAAGGGGCCGAGGGCGAAAUGAACACAAAGCCUCGAAAUCAGUGCAUUCCGGCUGAUCUUGUCUGCCUGGUUCCCCUUGACCACCAGUGCCAGCGUGGGUCUCUUCACGCGGCCACGCGGAACACAGGACGGUAGCCCUGCCCGGGAACCCCCUUUACCAGUACCUGCUGUCAAACUCACAAACAAAACCUUGCAAGGU